UCGUUUUGUUAAUCCAGUAAGUAGAAUCUAGUUUUCAAAAAUUUAAAUUAUUACGAAGAAUACACAAUCCCUUGACAUUGCUUUGCCUUUUAUCAUUAAAAUUUUUCCAAAACAAAUAAUUCCCAAUUAUAUUCUAUGGUCCAUUUAUUAUUUCCAACCUUUUAAUUUAGAAUUAGAGGUCUUAGUUGAGAAGCAAGUAGAGAAAAGGCAAGAUAUAUGAUGACAAGAAUUUACAUCAUUAUAUUUUUCUCUUUGUUUUUUGGUAACAACAAACAAGGCCAACCCAUCUUUCAUCAUAGGAAUUAAAGAAGGAAACGAAUUCACCUUCUUUCUCUUACAUUAUAAAUUUGUGUCUCUCAACCCCAACAAAAACAUCAAAACGGCCGAGCUCAAAUUCCACUCAAGAAAAGGGGAGAGUGAUGGUAAAGUUUGAUUCUUGAAAAUAAAGGGAUACAGACUAGAUAGGAAGGAGGGAGAGGGGGGAGAGAGAAAUUCGAUUUUUUUUUUCUCUCUCUAUAUUUCUUUUCUGAGCUUUUUGUUGUCUUGUAAUGAAUGUUUGAAUUCUGAAAAAAAGAGCAAGCUUUGUGCUUCUCUUUUCUUGGAGGGUUCCUCCAUAUUUGUCUAAAAAAGACUUCUUUCUCUUGCCUUUGAACUUUUUAUUGGGGGAAAGAAGCAGUUUUCGUGCUAAACAGAGCACAGAAUAAUAUAAAAGGGAAUUUUAAGAGAAAAGGAAGGAAGAGAUGGAGAUGAUGCAUUACCAGCAGCUGGUGAGGACUUCGUACAAGGAUUCUUUGAGUUUAUUGGAGACUGAUAUUCAGCAUGCAAAUGCUUUGGCUGCUGCAAUCCCAAAAGCUAAGGGAGGUGCACGUCUUCAAAUGAAAUUGGUCUGCAAUCACUUGGCACCUCUGUUUCUGUAUUUUCUAAAAUGGAUCGACUGUUCCUGCACAUAUUUCCUACCAAGAGUCUUAAAUCCUUUUCACAUACUCAUUUAUAAGGUAUACACAGAUGGAAGGCCAAAGAUUUCCACAAUUGGGCGCAAAGCGACUAUUAAAGACUUUUAUGCGGUGAUAUUGCCGUCACUUGAGCAGCUUCACUAUGACUUGGUAGAGCUGGAUGAUGGUGACUGCAAAAGCAUUGCUCGGAAAAGCUUGAGUGAGAAGAGAUUGGAGGGAGAUGGCGGAGAUUCAGAGAGAGACGACGAAUGUGGAAUAUGCUUAGAGGCUUGCACCAAGAUGGUGAUGCCUAAUUGCUGCCAUGCGAUGUGCAUCAACUGCUAUCGAGAUUGGAGCACAAGAUCCGAGUCGUGCCCCUUUUGCCGCGGUAGUCUAAGACGAGUGGAGUCGAGAGACUUAUGGGUGCUGACCGGCAAGGAUGAAGUGAUUGAGCGUGGCGCCGUGUCCACGGAGGACUUGAGACGAUUCUACCUGUAUAUCAGAAAUCUGCCUAAAGAUUUACCAGAUGCUUUGUUCUUGAUGUAUUAUGAAUAUUUAAUAUGAUGAGGGAUUGAGAGGAAUGAGGGUAUAUAUAUAGAAGAAGCCGACCUCAAAUGUAAAUAGAGUCCGGUAAGGGAAUGCUGUCUGAAUAUGUGAGUAAAAUACAAGUAUUCUCAUCUCUUCGAAUCUUUAUGUUGUAUACUUAUAAUGCUCUGCUAAAUGUGAUCUCAAAGCUAUAUUAUCAGGAUAAACAACUAUUGCCCAUUAUUUAGUGUAUUGGAGUAUGAUAUUAUCAGCUUUUUAUUAGACUCA